CUGCUCCUCGAUAAAAUAACUCAGCUUUCGAACUGUUGGGCUCCCAUCUCAAGAUCAGAUCAUCCCUCACUUCUUCACUCUCUAGACCUUACUUUUUCGCCAUCUAGAUCUCACUUCUUUCCUCUUAUUGAACAUAAGAUCUGUUGUUAGUUACUCACUUCGGUCUUACUGCUCCUUUCAUACUCACUUCACUCGCGAUGUCUUCGUCGCGACGCACUCAAGACGCCAGUGAUGAGUCUAACGUCUCUCAGCUGUCUGACACUCUACGCGCUCUCAUAGUGCUUACGAACGAACUCUCUGCCCAACUAGACUCUCAGAAAAACCAGGAAGUGCAACAGCAGCUACAGUUGUCAGACGAUUCUUCUCCUGAAACAAUUCUUACGAGAGUGCUUUCUCCUCAGUCCAUAACUAGCACCGCGUCAUCUUUCGCCGCCUUUCAUCAAAGCCAUCAGCACGUUGCUGUGACUUAUCGAGUUAUUGGAUUCGGCCAGUGCGGUCUUGUCUUUGAGAGGCCAGGAAGAGGAUUUGUGGUCAAAGUCGCGAAGCCAGCUUACGAAGAAGCUCUGUGGGCGGAUUUCACAGCUCAUCACCAAGUGCGCCAAGCGUUCGAGCAGUAUCAGCAGCAGCAUAAUCAGGAUAUGGAAUGCCAUGUCCCUAAGGUUUUUUCUUACGUACCUAAAACGAACCAGACCUGGUGGGAAUUGAAUUCCCCAUUCUUCGCAGAGGUCCACGAAUCCGUGCCGCUGCCUGCAAUGGCUCUCAUAACAGAGCGUAUUUUCCCUCUCCCCAAGAUCGCCCGUCAAGCUCUGAUCAACAAGUACUGCCCGCCUGAACUCCGACCUACAGUGAGCGCUGAUCCCACGAACCGAGACUGUCUGGCUCGCAUUUAUCUGGGGCGUCGCCGGCUGGCAGGAGGCCUACCUGCUCCCAACUUCACUCUACGCAACUACAACCUCUGCCUAGACCAGAUGCUCGAGCUUAAUCUACCUGUCAAGUCACUCGCGUCUGCGAUGGGUGAAGCCUUAGCUCUCAUCCACUGGUGUGCAAAUGUGGAUGGCUAUGACAUCGAGUUCGUGCUGGGUGGUGAAGGAGACGUCGUCUAUACUCGUGACAUGUCAAGUAUCCUGACCCUGACAAGGAGCCAGUUGCUUGCUAUGCAGCCGCAUACAGACCUUGAGAGCAUGAUGUCAGUGAAUUUUAAGCGACGUACUACGCGGCUUUGGGUGCUCGAUUUCAACCUAUGCAGCCUGUGGCAGGAGAGCGCUGGUUGGGAAAAUCCAGACGCAUUGGUGGCGCACUUAGUGACAGCGUUUUUUGAAAACGACCCUUACUAUCCUCUUCCAUUAAUGGAAUUGGAUAUCGAUCGAGAGCUGUGGACAGUCUUUAGCAAUGCCUACCUGGACACUGCGGCACAAACACUUUCGGCGCCUGGAAAGGACAUGAGGUUAGCGGACUUGCCACAGAAGUUUAUUGAUGCUUGUAUAUUACGCGAAAGAGAAGCUUUGGCCAAGAACCUCGGUCAUGGACAUCGAGAGUUGAAGGGGUAAUUAGUCUUAGGGAACCAUAGCAUUAUCACACUUCGUUACCACUGUCGUAUCAUAGCUAUAUUGAACUAUUUAAGUAGCUAGUUACUGGCUAAAACCUAGGAUCCAAAGUGCGUUCGACCC